CAGUCGCUUAGCAACCGGGAGGCUUACCUUUGGAAGCUUGUUGCAGCUCUAGCUACGGUCCUGCCCUCUUCCCGCCCCACCCCUCCCCUAAACUCCCUUCACCUAGGAGCUGCCAAACAUCUGGAUCAACCUGGGCACUACAAGGGGUUGAAUUUCUACCAUUAACGCGCCUUUUGACAUUUUUUUCCCGACUUCCUGCUCACAUCCGUAAAACCCACUGAUUCUUUUACUAUACUUUUUAUGAGAACAAGACAUUUUCUAGGAAGAUGGUGGCAGAAAAAGAGACCUUGAGCUUAAACAAAUGCCCAGACAAGAUGCCGAAGAGGACCAAGCUGCUGGCACAACAGCCGCUCCCGGUGCACCAGCCUCACUCCCUGGUUUCUGAGGGCUUCACAGUCAAAGCCAUGAUGAAAAACUCAGUCGUGAGAGGUCCUCCAACGGCAGGGGCAUUUAAAGAAAGACCAACCAAGCCCACAGCAUUUCGAAAAUUCUAUGAGCGAGGUGACUUCCCAAUUGCCCUUGAGCAUGAUUCAAAAGGAAACAAAAUCGCCUGGAAGGUAGAAAUUGAGAAGCUGGAUUACCAUCAUUAUCUGCCUCUGUUUUUUGAUGGGCUUUGUGAAAUGACAUUUCCCUAUGAAUUUUUUGCUCGGCAAGGAAUCCACGACAUGCUGGAACAUGGUGGGAACAAGAUCCUACCUGUCCUUCCACAGCUCAUUAUCCCGAUAAAAAAUGCCUUGAAUCUCCGAAACCGACAGGUCAUCUGUGUCACUCUCAAGGUCCUCCAGCAUCUGGUUGUGUCAGCUGAGAUGGUGGGCAUGGCCUUGGUGCCUUAUUACCGUCAAAUCCUCCCCGUCCUGAACAUCUUUAAGAAUAUGAAUGUGAACUCCGGAGAUGGCAUUGACUACAGCCAGCAGAAGAGGGAGAAUAUUGGUGACUUGAUCCAGGAGACGCUGGAGGCCUUCGAGCGCUAUGGAGGAGAAAAUGCCUUUAUCAACAUUAAGUACGUGGUCCCAACCUAUGAGUCUUGCUUGCUAAACUAACAGUGGCAGCAGCUGGGACUUGAAGCCUCCCGUUGGUGUUGGGAUCAUCUGUCUCUGCUGCUUUUAGCAUCUCAUUCCUUGUGACUUCCACAGCUUUCUUUUCUACAGCUGCUAAAAUAGUGGCUUAUGGGCCAUUGGACUGUUAGCCCUAUUGAGAGCAAGGCUUUCCAAUACAUAAAUAGUGCCUGUUUCUUAGAUUACAAUAGUGUACUGUGCUUAUUUGUUCUAUGAGAAGAAUUGCUUCUUUAUACAGCUCCGAUAGAAGCAGGAGUCCGAGUUAAACCUUCAGUUGUAUAGACAAUAAACUAUAAUUUUCAUACGCAAUUCAGCAAUUGCUGUUCUGUGUGUGCCUGCCCUGGGGGUGAUGUCAGAGGUUGUAAAGGAAGAGUUUAUGCUGACUGCUUAAUAGGUGUUUGUCAUGGAAGAGAAGCAUCGGUUCAGCAGUGCCUCUCUAGCAGCUGUGCGGAAUAAUGUGUUUUGACAUUCAAUAAAACUGUUGAAUCUA